UUAUCUGGAUAGCUAACUCUCCUGCCUCUCUCAAAACUGUCUCUUCCUCGCUCGCUUUUCAGAGGGCACAGUCGUGCUCCGGCUUCCUCAAGCCGUUUUUUUCCUAUGCUUUCCUGCCCCUCUCUAUUUAUGAAAACGUCACUUGAAGUCCCUCCCUGUUUGAAUCUCAUUAGUUUCUGUGUGUUUCUCCCUGUCAAUAAUCCCGAAUCCAGAGUCUAUUUCCAUCCCUCUCUAUCUGUCAAUCAGCGCCGCCUUUGAACUGAAAACCACUCCGACCAACUUCAACUCACUCAAUCCGAGCGGCUCAGCUCCAUCUCCGGCUCCUUUUUCUGCCAAGAUUCCCCUCUUUUUAGUUUGUACAAACCGCCAGUCCUUGGAAAACGCUAAUACAGACCCUAAACUUUAGCUCGGAUUCGGGAUCACAAAGAUCAAGGGUUUAAAAACUUUGUGUUUUUGCCCCCCAAAAUUGCUCGGGAAAAUGCCGCAGCUCAACGGCGGUGGAGGGGACGAUCUGGGAGCGAACGAUGAAAUGAUCUCCUUCAAAGACGAAGGGGAACAGGAGGAAAAAAUUUCGGAGAACUCCUCGGCAGAAAGGGAUUUAGCAGAUGUCAAAUCUUCUCUUGUAAACGAAUCAGAAACGAAUCAAAACAGUUCGUCGGACUCAGAGGCGGAAAGACGGCCUCCGCCUAGAUCCGAAACUUUCAGAGACAAAACCAGAGAAAGUUUAGAGGAGGCUGCGAAAAGGCAAGAUGGAGGUUUGUUCAAGAGCCCUCCGUACCCGGGUUAUCCAUUUAUAAUGAUCCCCGAUCUUACAAGCCCCUACCUUCCAAACGGAUCACUUUCUCCAACAGCACGCACAUACCUGCAGAUGAAAUGGCCCUUACUAGAUGUUCAAACAGGAAGUCUACAGAGCAGACAGACCCUCAAAGACGCACGCUCUCCAUCGCCGGCACAUAUUGUUGGUCCCCUCUGUUUGGAAUUCCCCGGACAGGCAGAUCUGAGCCUUCACCAAUUUCAGUUGUCCAAUAAAGUCCCUGUGGUUCAGCACCCUCACCAUGUGCACCCUCUCACCCCCCUGAUCACCUACAGCAAUGAGCAUUUCACUCCCGGGAACCCCCCACCCCACCUACAGACUGACGUGGACCCCAAAACGGGAAUUCCGAGGCCUCCACACCCCCCUGACAUAUCACCAUAUUACCCUUUGUCUCCUGGAACAGUAGGCCAAAUCCCCCAUCCGUUAGGAUGGUUAGUACCACAGCAAGGUCAGCCAGUGUAUCCAAUCACAACGGGCGGAUUCAGGCACCCCUACCCCACCGCACUUACCGUCAACGCCUCCAUGUCAAGUUUUCUCGCCUCCAGGUUCCCCCCCCACAUGGUGCCCCCCCAUCACAGUUUGCACACCACGGGCAUCCCCCACCCAGCCAUCGUCACCCCCAACGUCAAGCAGGAGUCUUCCCACAGCGACAUCGGCUCUCUCAACAGCUCGAAACAUCAGGACUCGAAAAAGGAGGACGAGAAGAAGAAGCAGCCUCACAUAAAGAAGCCGCUGAACGCGUUCAUGCUCUACAUGAAGGAGAUGAGGGCCAAAGUGGUGGCCGAGUGCACGCUGAAGGAGAGCGCCGCCAUUAAUCAGAUCUUGGGACGGAGGUGGCACGCGCUAUCCAGGGAAGAACAGGCGAAAUACUACGAGCUGGCCAGAAAAGAGCGACAACUGCACAUGCAGCUGUACCCCGGGUGGUCGGCGCGAGACAACUAUGCGGGUAACCAACAGGGCAAGAAGAAGAAGCGGAAAAGGGAUAAGCAGCCAGGAGAGGGCAGCGACCACAGAGAAUAUUUUCCAAAUCCUUGCCUUUCCCUCCCUCCGAUUACAGAUCUGAGCGCUCCUAAGAAAUGCCGAGCGCGCUUCGGCCUUGAUCAGCAGAAUAACUGGUGCGGUCCGUGCAGGAGAAAAAAAAAGUGCAUCCGCUACAUCCAAGGCGAAGGCAGCUGUGCCAGCCCCCCAUCCUCGGACGGAAGUUUGCUAGACUCCCCGCCCUCGUCCCCGUCCCUCAUCGGUUCCCCCCACCCGAAAGACUCCAAACCGCAGACAGAUCAAACGCAGCCACUCUCACUGACUAUGAAACCGCCGCCCCUGGUCACACACCACCCCAUGCCCUCGUCUUUAGUCCUGCUGGAAACCGCGGCGGCAGCAGCAGCAGCGGCCGGCAAACCCGGCGCCAGGAACGGGCCUUUGGAGCGCCCCACCAUCCCCCCCCGACCGGCGGGGUCCUCCUCCUCUUCCUCCUCCUCUUCCUCCUCCUCCGUGCUGGCUAGGCCCACCCCAACCCUGUGCCACACCCACUCUCUGCUACCCCAGCCUCUGUCGCUCGUAACCAAGUCUAUAGAAUAGAAUAGCCCUUUUUAGCACUCUCUCAGCUAGGCUCUUACGGUUGUUUUGUUUUGUUUGUUUUGUUUGCCUUUUUUUUCUUUUCUUUUUUUCCCCUCCUGGUUUCAAGUACGUUUCUACUUUUUUCUGUCUGUGCGUGUGCCUUUUUUUGUUCUUUUUUCUUUUCUUUUUUUAGUUUGUUAAACCAAGUUCAUUGGUCAAUAUUUGACCCAUCAUUAUCUCGGGAAAAUAAAAAUAAAAAGAAAGAAAAAAAGUUAAGUACAAUGAAUUGUAGAUUAUAAGCUUUGUGAAUCUGCCAAAAUUUUUAUCAGCAACUGUUCCGACUCUUUUUAAGCGUUUAACGACGAAACGGGGAGAAUGUGUUCAGGGUUGUGUAGUUCCUCAUACAUGCAUUCGAAAGACGAGAUUUGUCGACAGGAAAUUGCAACAAAAACUAGAUGUAGGAAGAGAAAAAAAAAAGCUGAGGUUUAGGAGAUAAUUGAUGAAUUGCGUUUGCCCUUUCCAAAAGCGUUUGUGGUUCUUUAUUAUUUGUAUUAAAUACGAGCUUGCGAACCAAUCAUUUUCCAUCAGUUCAGAUACAGAGGGCAUGUGGAAAGCAUUGUCACCUCUUCAAACUGUGCGGAACAACUUUAAUUGUGAUGUUACUUGUUAUUGUUUAAAUGUACAGAAAUAUUUGGGGGAAACUGUGUUAAUAUGCAUCGUUCCAUGGCGUUGUCUUUUAAAAAAAAGUUUUAUUUUGUUGUUUG